AUUGAUCCCAUCUCACCCCUUAUAAUCUACACCACCCUCAAACUCCCCACCGCCUUCAACUCCAUUCAUCUCUAUAACAAUCCUUCAUCCACAUCCUCGCAAUAACACUCCCCACGACCACCCACCAAACUGCCGUUUAGAGUAUCCAACAGAUGUCUCACUACAUUACUACCCCUACCCCUGCCACUACCCGCGCUUCUAUCGUCACCCCGGACACCGCUUCCGUCUGCUCCCUCGCCUCAACCGUCUCUGUGGACUGGGAAAAUGAGAAGAGGGGAAACACAGAUCCUCCUGCUGCCACAACUCUCGCACCCGCCGCUGUAGAAGAGAGAGGAGAAACUGGGACCAAAACUGGCUCUCUCAUUAUCCGCAAUCUCUUUAUCAUUGGCUUCUUGAUCCCGCUGGCUUGGGUGAUCGCCAUUAUCAAAGUCUUCAUCCUAGAUCGCGGCAACAAGCCUUCCCCCUCCGCCGCCACCACCACCACCACUGCUACCUCCGCUGGUGGGCACACCGACAUUGAAGCAAACACUCUUCGGAAAAAAGAAGAGAGAUAUCGCGAGGGACCAUAUUGGGCCUGUCUUUGCCUGAUAGCUGGAAUAGUUUACAUUUCUGUUGGGAUGACUAUUGUUUGGAUCGUUUAUGUGGAGAAGCAGCGUCGGGCGAGCUUGGAUGAGUGACUUGGUGGGAGAAAAAGGAAAUAUCUUUUCAAUACUUGUUUUGUUCUGUGGGUGGGUGGGGGUUUGCUUAGUUUUUCGAUCGGUUCUCAGAGUCUGUAUAGGUGAUUUGCUCAUAUUUUUCCUCUAGUGAUAGGGUGGCAGGUGGAUACACUCGUGCCACAGAUUGUUUUCC